AUGGCAACGUGGUUAUUGCUCAGCUUCCACUCAAGGAAAAUGAAUCGCCAUCAUUAUCAGCUUGAUUUGGGUACAAGUACACCUGCCACAAGUGAAUCUUGUCCUGCAUCGGGCUUAUGUAGACGUUUCUCGUUGGAAGAGAUCAAAACCGCCACAAACAACUUGGACAAAAAUUUCCUCAUCGACACAGGAGGAUCCGACGACGUGUACAAAGGGUUCAUCGAGGGCGGCGCCACCACCGUGGUCAUCAAAAGACUGAAUCCACGUCUCUCAUAUACCCGCGAGUUCCUAGAUAAAAUCGACAUGGCGUCAAAGCUAAGGCACCUCCACGUGGUAUCACCAAUCGGCUACUGCAACGAGGGCGGAGAGAUGUUUUUAGUCUACGAUUACAUGCCGCGUGGCAGCUUAUACCACCAUCUUUAUAUUACGAAGAAUCCACCAUUAACGUGGAAGCAACGUCUCCAGAUUUGCAUAGGUGCCGCCAGGGGAUUGCAUUACCUUGACACCAAUUGCAAUGAGUACCACAGCAUACCCCACCUUGUCACUUUCAGAAAAAUCCUAUUGGAUGAGAAAUGGGUGGCCAAGGUCUUGCUAGCACCAUCUAAUAAUUGGGGAAAAAAGUAUAACGUGCACUUUUUAGGCUGGGUGUUGUUCCAAGUGUUAUUCAUCGAUCCAUUAGAGCUACGAGAGCGACUAGGAUUCAUCAAACUGGAUGAGUCUUAUCGUAGAGGGACACUUGAACAAUAUAUUGAUCCUGAUCUGUACAGUCAAAUUGCCCCUAAAUGCUUGAGUAAAUUCACCGAGACAGCUUUUGCAUGCAUAAAUGUAACGGGAAGCGAGCAACUGGAAAUGAGUGAUGUCAUUCGGAGCCUCGAGUUUGCGAUGCAGUUGCAAGAAGAGGCGGAGCAAAGUGGCAACAGAUAG